UGUGUGAAUCAGUGCGACCUCCUCACAGCAGCAGAGCGACAGAAGCGUCCGUUCAUUGAGAUGACAACCAAGUGCGGUGAGACUUAACGGUGAGGUGUUUUUACCAGCGGACAUGUCUGUGUCAUCCACACACAGCUCAGACAGCAGCAGCCGGAGGAGGAGGCCGGCUGAACACACACAAGAUCUUCCAUGGGAGCAGGACCCCCAGGCCGGUCACAAUCACGUACAGAUCGACGACCGACUGUGUGGAGGUCCACAGAUUAAUUUAACAGACACUCCAUCAUCACAUCAGUCCAUAUGUCCUGUCGGGUGUACAACAAAACGCCUGCCUGCACACGCAUGUCUGUGUGAUGACAGCUGGGAGGAGAUCCAAAGCAAGAGAACCAUCAGAGCGGAGAAUGAAGUGGAGGCCAACAAACUGGUCAACAACUACAGGUUUGGUUUCAGAAAAUGGAAGAGUCAUGUGACGGCGCGUCCGUUUGAAGUCAGGUCAGAGGUUGUGAAAGAGCUCUACUCUGAACUGAACGUCAUUAAACCACAUUCAGGUCAACUGAUCACAUGUGGAAACAUAGCGUAUGUGCUUCUGUUCGGUUGGUGGGUCUCUCUGGCAUAUUUGCUGAUCAGCAUACUAAUGUUCGCCACUAUCACCGGUGUGCCGUACGGCAAGCUCUGCUGGAAGUUGUCCUGCUACUUCCUGUGGCCAUUCGGCAAGACAAUCCACGAGAUUGGAAAUACAUUGAGAAGAUGUUGUGAGCAAGCACCAGACUGUGAGUGUAACAUAGAUGGGGCGGAUGAUAACUCACCAGUUCUGCUGCCUUCGCCUACAGAGGUGCCAAUCUCAGAGCUGCCAGGACGACCUCUGCGCUCUCCCUACUGGCAUCGCAUCUCCACUUAUGUGUGGCUGCUGCUGGGUUAUCCUCCUCUGGUGGUCAUCCACUCCGUGGCCUGCUUCCUCUCCUGGAUCUUGGUCUUCACCAUCCCCGUUUGCAAGAUGAACGCACGCACACUGGGUGUCAUUCUUCUCUUGGCUCCUGAGGAUGUUUCUGUGUCCACCUGCUCACAGAGGAAGUAUCAAGUGUACGAGACCAGAGCAGUGCUGUGCUGCUACCAUGCUGUAAACUGGUACUACUACAAGUACACUGUUGAUGGGAUCAAUGUGUUCGCUGUCAACCUCCUCCCACUAGUAAUAGUUGCCCUGGUAAUUGGAUAUGUUGACAGAGAAAACCUGUACGCCAGCUCUAAUGUGAAGUUCGCCAUAGCACUCUGCUCCAUCAUACCUCUGUCUUAUUAUAUCGGUAUGGGCAUUGCCAGUAUUGCAGCCCAGAGUAACUUCGCAGUGGGUGCAGUGGUGAACGCCACCUUCGGCUCCAUCACAGAGUUGACCUUUUACAUCACAGCCCUGAUCAGAGGUCACCGUGCUGCCAACCCGUGUCUGCAGGAGGUUGUCAAAGCAGCAUUGACUGGCACGCUGCUUGGAUGCAUCCUCUUCAUCCCCGGUAUCUGCAUGAUAAUCGGAGGGCUGAGACACAGCGAGCAGAGAUUCAACAGUCGCUCGACAGGAGUGAGCUCUGCCUUGCUUUUCAUCUCUGUAGGAGGUGUGUUUGCCCCCACACUGUUCUCUAAGGCUUAUGGAAAUCUGGUGUGCGACGCCUGCACUAACUCCACUGGAGGGAACAGCAGCGGGCCGUUCAUCUGCCACAACUGUCACUACGAUCUGAACAACGGUACCUUGUUCCACGACCAUGUUGAGCCUCUGGUGUACACAGUGUCUGCCCUCCUGCCAACUGCUUACAUCAUUGGUCUGAUGUUCACACUGAAGACGCACUCCCACAUUUAUGACAUCCAUGUUGGAGACGGACAGGUGACUGGCCACAAUGGACCAGUGGUCCACUGGUCACGCUGGAGGUCUCUGGUCAUCCUCAUCAUGGCCACUGUGCUCACGUCUGCAUGUGCUGAUCUUGCAACCGAGCACAUCCAGCCCAUACUAAACCAGCCCAACAUCUCCCAGUAUUUCAUUGGGGUGACAAUUCUCGCUAUGGUUCCUGAGAUCCCGGAGAUUGUUAAUGGGAUCCAGUUUGCUCUCCAAAACAACAUCAGUCUUAGCUUGGAGGUGGGGAGCUGUAUGGCAGUUCAGGUCUGCAUGCUGCAGAUUCCAAUUCUGGUCUUAUUUAAUGCCUUCUAUGAUGUGGGGUUUGUGCUGUUGUUCAGUGACUUGCACCUGUGGGCCAGUAUCUUCAGUGUGAUUCUCGUCAAUUACAUCUUCAUGGACGGCAAGUCUGAUUAUUUUCAGGGUACAGCUCUGGUGGUUGUCUACCUUAUUCUGCUGGCUCUGUAUUACUUUGCUCCGUCUCCAGCAGGCUGCUGACUGUGUGGGACUCUGAAAGUGCGAUUCCACUACCACUGUCAAUGAGAUUCAUCCUGACAGGGUCACGACUGAAUGAUCAUGUGUGAAUCCUGACAUGAGCCUUUUAAUAAGUAUUUUAUUUCCCUUGCUGUUUCCUAAAUUAUACAAAUGACUAAACUGAACAUUUUAAUCUCAGGUAGGUCCUUGUUGUUGCACGAAUAUAAUACUACUGUAAACCGUACAGUUUGUAAGCUAACAUAUUAACUAUGUGUCCUCAGACUCAUGACUUAUGUUCUUUGUAAACUGUGGUGAAAGAAAGAAAAACAGUAUUUUUACAAUACAAAUUAAUAUUAUUAAGUAUCUGCACUAAUGCUAUUUUGUUAAAGGUACUGUUGUAAUAUAUUUUGUAUACUUUUUAACUCCAAAAUGUUUCUGCUAUAUGCCAAUAUAAGUGACUUUAUUUUAGAUAAAACCCUGGCACUAUAUGUUUGGAGAAUGUGGCAUGGCUGGCUGUGCUU